CUGCAACCCACGGUCGUUUCUCCUGUUUACUUGGUUCACUGCCGUUACUACUUAACUUCGUUCAUAUCCUACUUGGAUAAUAAGUACUGCAAGCUCUUGACUUCUUCUCGUUCAAACAGGUCUCAUCAUGAGGGUCAACCCUACCUUGCUGCUGGCCACCACCCUUGGUGUUGUGACGGGUGCCCUUGCAGCGCCUGCCAUAGCCCAGGCUGAGCGUGGCAUUGGAUUCCCUGGGUCUGAUGAUGCCGAAACUGAGCUCGGAUGGGGUCACGGUGGUGACCAUGGUGACGGUGACCAUGGUGGGCAUGGGGGUCACGGUGGUCACGACGACGACGACGACGAUGAUGACCACCAUGGCCAUUGGCCUCCUCCCACUUCCACCCCAUGUGAGACUGAUACGGAGACUAAGCCUCCUCAUCCCACUUGGACGAAGCCCCCUCACCCUACCUGGACCUGGACAAAGCCUCCUCACCCUACCUGGACUCCUCCCGAAUCCACUCCUUGUGAGACUGAUACAGAGACUCCUCCACCGGAGACUACUCCAUGUGAAACCGAUACAGAAACUCCGCCCCCUACCACAGAGACUCCCCCGCCCGAGACUACUCCGUGUGAGACCGACACAGAGACUCCUCCUCCCACUACGGAGACNACUCCUCCUCCCACUACGGAGACGCCUCCACCAGAGACCACGCCAUGCGAGACUGAUACAGACACUCCGCCCCCUACUACAGAGACUCCUCCGCCUGAGACUACCCCCUGUGAAACUGAGACUCCCCCUCCUGGUACCGAGACUCCCCCUCCUGGCACCGAGACUCCCCCUCCUGGCACCGAGACUCCUCCUCCUGGCACCGAGACUCCUCCUCCUGGCACCGAGACUCCCCCCCCUGGCACUGAGAACCCUCCUCCAGAACAGACUUCUACUUCCCCUGCUCCGACUGGUACUUGGACUACCUCGGUCACUCCCCCAGAGACGACUCCUGAAGUUCCCACUGGGACAUCGCCUGAGCAACCCGGUACUACCAGCCCCUCCGCACCGGAAUUUACUGGUGCCGCUACCGUUAAUAGAUUCGAGUCUCCACUAGCCGGAUUUAUGGCUCUUGGUGCCAUUGUCUUGGUCCUUUAAGUGAUGGAAGCUGGUGUGUGAGUACGGAGUAGUGAGGUGGAUGGCAGACGAAGCUAGGAUUUCAUCUAAUGUUUACUAUUAAUUCACAUAAGUAUAUUUAUUAGUUAGUCUAGUCUGGAUUCUGUGAAGGCUCGUUCAGAUCUUUCUAAUGUAACGUCAUGAUACUAAAAACCAGCCAUGACUAUCUGAAUAUAAAAAUUAACUUUCAACGUAUAGUAUAGGAAUGUGGCUG